CCCCGCAAUCAAGACGAAGGCGGAUUAGAAGUGAAAAAUGUCUAUGGAACUCAACGAGGCACUUGAAGUGCUGGUGGAAAAUCUUUCAAAAUCCAUGAAACCUGAACAGCAAUCGUAUAUGCAAGAUGCAGCCGAAAUAUCCCAGAAAAUAAAUGAUGAGCUCGUCAAUAUUAACUCAGUUUUCAAGGGUUCAGUUUAUAAGUGGGAUCAAACAUAUGUAUUCAACUAUAAGCCUUAUCCCAAAACGAGUGUGCCAAUUUUGUGGAUUGAUAUGCCAUUUGCGAUAGAACCUCAGAAAGUUUACGUUCACGACGAUCCAGAAUGCAGAUUGUUUAAUCUAAAGACGGUUGUAAACCAUCCAGUCGUUGAGAAUGGAUAUGUGAGCGGAGAUAGACUGCUGGGUCUGUUCUAUUUGGAUUUGAAAAGAGCAGUGGACAGAAUGCACAUUUCCAUUUGCAAGAGCGGAAAAAUGUAUAACAUAUGCGCUUACUACUUGAAAUCACGAGCUUCAAAAUUCCGGAUUGUUGUCAAGGAAUAUGGCCAAAAUGGCUUGGAGGAAGAUCCCAUAAUAAGUUAUGAGUUUUGGCUCGACUUCAACUUCUCCAAUGACUCUGUCCUGUAUUCAUACACGAAUGACUUCUUCCACCAAGUCGAAAAAUCCAAGGUUGAGGAGAGUGGAAGGAAGAGCAUCAAAUUGCUGACAGAUGCACAAAAAUUGCUGCUCCAAUUACAAGUUGCAGAUAUAUCGCUGACGGUUCCAGCUAUAAAGUAUCUUCUUGAUAAUUGUGUUGAUUUGCGCGUAGCUUCAAAUACUGCCGAUGUUUUGCUUUCGGCCAUUGCAGGUUUUAUACCGCUGAGCGAAAAUUCCGGAUCCCUGCUUUGUGUCUUUGGGAAACUACUGCAGUUCAAACAAUCGGGCUCGGUUCAAAUGUCAGAGAUCAUGGCCCUUUUUGGUCUGUAAUGACCUCCAACAAUUUCCAUAACAUGUUCAGAAGUGGUUAAAUAAGGACAAGGUGAAGAGAUGUAUUCCCUUGCCUUACUAUUGAAAAUAUCGUAACAGAAAUGCAAUUUAGUAGCAACAGAGAGAAACCUAUUAUGUAUUUACAAAUAAAUAAUCACUUUGGCAUCACGAAAAGUGCUUUUGAAAUCGGAAACCGUUUAAAUUUUGAGUGUUAAUUAAUUAACAA